AUAUUAUUCUACCCUUUCUUUUUUCAUUCCUUCUUUCUUCUCUUAUUAAAAGCAUUAUACCCAGUUUUUUUCAAACACUUCAUUAAUAACAAAAGAAAACAAUGGUUGACAUUACUUCCGCCUCCGCCUCCUUAUCAUCCGCUGUCUCUCCAGCUGUUUCUGCAGCCAGCACUCGGCCGGCGUACCAUCUAGCCACUGAGCUCGUGCACAUUGAUAGCGACGCAGUCAAGGACAACUACAACGCAGCCUCUGUGCCAAUCUACCAAACCGCAACAUUCAAGCAGCAUAACGCAGAUGGUUCCGGGGGUGAAUACGACUACUCCCGGUCCGGCAACCCGACGCGCACAGCGGUAGAGGUACAUAUGGCCAAGAUAAUGGCAGCAGAGCGCGCCUUCGUGGUAUCCACGGGAAUGACCGCACUGGAUGUGAUCUUAAGGCUGGUGAAGAGCGGGCAGGAGAUCGUCGCCGGAGAUGAUAUUUACGGUGGAACUAAUAGGUUGCUCACUUAUGUAUCGCAGUUUAAUGGCGUUCGGGUGCAUAAUGUGGAUACGACGGAUCCGUGCAAAGUGGAGGAGAAGCUCGGGCCGAAUACUCGGUUGGUCCUGUUGGAGUCACCAACGAAUCCGCUGAUUAAGAUUGCGGACAUUCGUAGGAUUUCGCAGCGCGUUCAUGAGCUGUGCCCGCAGGCAUUGGUUGUCGUGGAUAAUACUAUGAUGUCGCCAUAUUUGCAGAAUACCCUGGAGCUGGGCGCGGAUAUCGAGUAUCAUUCAGGGACAAAGUACCUUUCGGGUCACCAUGAUCUGAUGGCUGGUGUUAUUGGUUGCAGAACCAAGGAGGUCGGUGAUCAGCUGUACUUUGUUAUCAACGCUAGUGGAUCUGGACUCGGGCCUUUCGACUGCUGGCUGCUGCUCAGGGGCGUCAAAACCCUGGGUAUUCGCAUGGAGAAGCAGCAGAGCAACGCCAUCCUGAUAGCUGAUUUCCUCGAAGCACAGGGUCUUCGGGUACACUUCCCGGGCCUGAAAUCCCACCCGCAAUACGAUCUGCAUGCGCAGCUGGCUUCGGGCCCCGGCGCCGUGCUGAGUUUUGAAACCGGUGACGUUGGGUUGUCCGAGCGUAUCGUUGAGGGUGCUCGACUGUGGGGUAUUUCGGUGAGCUUCGGGUGCGUCAAUUCGCUUAUUUCUAUGCCCUGCAAGAUGUCUCACGCGUCGAUUCCGGCGGAAAUUAGGAAGCAGCGUCAGUUGCCUGAGGAUCUGAUCCGCCUGUGUGUCGGUAUUGAGCACCCGGAGGACCUGAUCAAUGACCUGACCAAUGCGCUGAGGGUGGCUGGGUUCCCAGUCAAGGCUUAAUAGAAUAUCCAUUAAUUAACAAAAAACCAUAAAUAAUAAAAUAACGUUUUUUCAGUUUGUCUUCUUGUCAACAACAGCAGCAUCAGCAGCAGCAGCGGGUGCGGGUGCGGCUCCGCCAUAGUUAAUAGCGGUCUUGUGCUUAAUA